AUGGGCAAGUCAUCCGGCUGGAUAUACGAGGGUCACGCGCCCCUGAUGGCAAAGCGCGGACGCAGGGGCGAUAAGCGCCGUCGCCUCGUCGGCGCCGUCGUCAUCCUCGGCCUCACCCUCACGGUGGUCAUGACCGCGCGCACGGCGUCGGGCGGAUCGUCGCCUUCCGCGAUCGACGAUCGCUUCGACGACUUCGCGACGCAUGGCGCACGCUUCGGCGGAGGAUCGCGAGAUGAGAUCCGCGGCGACGUGCGGCUGCAUCGCUUCGGGAGCGACGCCGACGCCGCGAGCGCGGCGACGCGAGCGAGCCGCGCGAUGGACUCGAUGAACUCGCUCACCGUCGGCGCCGCGGCCGAUCGAGGCGUCGAGAUGAUGCGCGACCAUCGCCGCCACGAACCAUCGCGCGGCGGCGGCCUUCGCACGACCGACCAUCCGAUAUACCUCGGCAUCGACGACGACGUCCACCGCGCCGUCGACUUCUCGCACCGCCCGCUCGUCUCCCACGGCGGCGGGUGGGAAUCGCAACCCCUCAUCGAAUCCAGAAUACGCCAUCGCGACUGCGGCGUCUCCCAAGCCGCCAUGGCCGCGGCGACCGCGAACGACGCACCGCACGUCGACGCGUCACCCGCGGACGCCGCGAGGUGGUUCAGGCGGUUCUGGGAGCCGUGCGUGUCUUGCGCGGACGAGGAACAGAUCGGAGGCGAGCCCGUGUCCGCGGGAGACGGCGUCGCGAGCGGUUCGGACCAGGUUGAUUCAGAUUCAGAUUCUCCAAUUGACUCGGCGGAUGCGGAAUCGCUGGGCGGCCGGUGGGUGUGCGAUCCCGAACGGAUGAUCGCCACCCCCGAGUCGGACGCGGAGUUCAAGGCGAGGGUGGAGCAGGAGCGCAGGGCGGCGCGCGGCGCGCACGGCUGGCUCCACUCGCUCGGGUUUGGAGGAGGCGGUUCUUCGAAUGACGGGGAAUCGUCGAAGGGUGACGGCGCUUCGCACAUCGGGGAGAAGGUUGGGUGCGUCGUGCUCACCGUGGGCGUGGACAUCGCGAACAGCCGCGGCGGGUUCGCGUUCGAGAGGGACAUGCGCGCGCUGUACGGCUGCGAGGUGCACGUGUUCGACGCGAUGGCCGGGGCGACGCCGCCGGACACGGCGGACGCCGACGCCUUCGACGACGACGACGACGGUGUCGGAGGAGGCGGCGCGGAGAAGAAACCGCGGGCGGCGGCGGGCGGGUCGAUGACGUUCACCGCGGGGGUGUCCCUCGCGUCGACGUCAACCGCCCCGACAGCCGUUACAAAGCCGUUACAAACCGGCAAGCGCCGUCGCGACGCGCCGCUCGACGACGACGACGAUGAGGACGAAGAAGAGGACGAGGAGUUCCGCGGCGAAUCGGGCGACGACGACGACGCCGCCGCCAAGCGCCGCUCGAACUCCCGCGACGCCUCGUGGGACGCCGACGACAUGCGCCCUCGCAAGCAGACGACGCAUUCGGCCUUCCUCUCCGGCGGCGACUCCCGCCCGUUGACCGACGCAAACGCCUCGCCGGAGACGACCUACUCCAUGACCCUGCCGGAGAUGAUCGACGUCGCGACGCGCGGGUCGGCGAGCAGGAGCAAGGACGGAACCAGUGGCGGCCACCACGCGCUCGUCGACGUCGUCCGCAUCGCGUGCGACGGGUGCGAGCUGGACGCGCUGACGACGCCCGGCGCGUCUAGAGCGCUAAAGGAACGCGUGAAGCAGCUGCUCCUGGAGGUAAGGUACGUGCCUGGCGAUGCGCCGUUCGUCGUUCGUGCGCGGGCGAGUUCGUUCGGGGGCGGUAAGAAGGCGGAGUCGUCGUUCUCCCGGGAGGUUGACGACGGAGAGGACGGUUUCGGUGCCGACGACGCUGACGUGGCGGAUGACGAUUCGCCAGCUGGCGCCGACUCGUCCUCCUCGGACGCCGCCUCAGGAUCCACCGCCGCGUCCGGCACCGCGGGGCUGUGGCGCAGUCUCCAGGUGGACGCUGGCAUGUUACCCUUCCACAAGGAGGUGGAGAUCGUGGACGUGUCCCGCGAGCACCACGUCGGGCACCACGGCGGAUCGGAUCCGCUUCGAAAGGGCGUCACCGUGAAGCGCAAAUCCGUCGGAUUCUUCGGGUCGCUCUUCGGAGGCGGCGGCGGCGGCGGCGCGCGGGGCGGGCGUCGCGGCGCGGAGGAUCUCAGGCCCGUCGUCGAGUACGGGCUGAUCAACGAGCGGAUGGUUCGGAAGACGAAGGGACGCGCGGGGACGAGGGACUGGUGA